AUGCGCCGCAAUGCUGCCCCUAAACCCGCUAUCGAGCCCGAGCGCGUGGCUGCUGUCAUGUUAUCUUGGCAUUCUCUUGAGGUAGUCUCCUUGAACAAGGUGCAAACACUUUGGGCUGGUUACGGCGAUAUUUACGAACUCAUAGCUCGAGACCAAGAUGAGACGAGAGCGGAAUUAUAUCCACUGAUACUGAAAUAUAUUGCGCCUCCGCAGGCGCAUCUGGAUUCUAUGGAUGAAGGCCAUUUGCGAAAACUCAUGAGCUAUGAGGUAGAACAGUAUUUUUACAGCUCCGUGGCACCGCUUCUGGAAGAUGAAACUCCUGUGGCUGAUUGUGUCGCUACUACGCGCGAGGCAAGCGGGAAACCUGGUGCUGAGCUUCUCGGGGGUAUCACUGCGACGAUCAUCUCUGACCUAAGACCCCUUUUCCCAAUUGCCGGAGAAAAGCGAUCAGAACUCAAUGUGAAGCAGGUCUUUGCUGCAUUGGAUUGGCUAUCUAGUUUUCAUAGAACGACUCGGAAGUUGGUACCCGAUACACUUGAAGAAUUCCUCCUUCCGCCGCUCAAGGAGGCAGAGAGAAGAACCAGGGGCACUUCUCCUGGGAAGACGUUGUGGCUUAAUGGAGGCUAUACAUAUCUUGCCACUCGGCGAAAAGAGUACGCAUCGCUUGCCGAAGGCGAUUCGGAGUGGUCUAGUCUCCUCACUAAGCCGACUACUCCCGGAGGUCAAUCGAUCUCCGAGCUGGUAGCCAACUUUCUGACUCCGCGUGGCCGAGAGUAUGAGACACUCAUUCACGGAGACGUCAAAUCCGAGAACUUGUUUACUACCGUCUCCGGUGACAAGGUUGCGUUUUACGAUUUCCAAUAUGUCGGUCUCGGACUCGGUGCUUGUGACUUGGCUAAAUUAUUUACGUGUUCGGUGCCCCUAAGGUUACUCAUGGACGGGGGCUACAUCCCAAACGAGCUUCUGAUGGGUGAGGGUGAGAAGGAACUCUUGAAGUACUACCACUCGAGACUGGUCAGUGACUUCAAAGACUCUCGAGGACGCACUCAAAUAUAUGAGUGGGAUGUCUUCGUUCGGCAUUGGGAGACGGCGCUGGUGGACUGGCUGAGAUUCCAGGCUUCUUGGGGGUUUUGGGGUAACACUAAAUGGCUCAAAGCCAGGGUUCGUUCGAUUUUGAGAGAUCAGCAAUGGAAAGACUGGCUUCAGGAGAACCAGAGAUCAACUUGA